AUGAUUUUCAAGGCUUUGCUUUUAUUUGUGAUUUUCUUGGGAACUAUUUCCUGUCGACGAACACAAUGGCCUGUGCAACGAUUUUUCAGCCUCGAUGAGAUGAAAGACGGGGAAACGUAUUUGAUUUUCUACUAUUGGAACGAGUGUCAACGAUCGAAUUGGGUACUGCCCGAGAUUCAGAAAGCCGCACAGAAAUUGUUGGAUGAUUAUGGGAUAAAGACAGCCUCUCUUGAUUGGGAGGAUAUCGGGAUCGGUUUUAUUAAUAUUGAUCAACGUUUGGAGAAACUCCCAGGAGUGUACGUUCGAUCAAGAGAUGGAAUUCGAAUGAGAUAUUCAGGGAAUCCUGUUGAUGCCACUGCUGAGGAUUUUGUCAAUUUCGUCUUGACAUAUCGCUUCCACGCAAAGAAAACCGAUUUCGGACUUCACGAUCAUUGGGGAACUGCGUUUCGAGCU